AAAAAUCCUCGUGUUUUCACGAUCGGUAUUUCAGAACGUGAGACAGGAAAAUCCAAAUCCCAAAUUAUGAAUGUGAAUGUUGUUGAUUUGAAAUUCGAAAUUAUACAUUUGUACAAAUAAUUACAUUAUAAAUUUUAUUGUCAUUGAUAGUAGUUACAUUUAUUUUGUUAACUGCUCCUCUCUAAUUGAUGAAUUGUAAAAGUAAUUAACAACUGACUGUUUAUUUAUGCUACAGUAUAAUAGAAGAUUAAAUAAAAUUUAUGUUAAUACAAUAUUUCUGAGAGAUAAAUAUGGCUACUAUUGAUGCAGAAAUUAAUAAGGAGAAGAAUAAUUUCUUAGCUGCAUAUCACAUUCUAAAAUUUUCAAAAAAUGAUAAAGAUGAUACAGAAGUUGUAGACAUUGAACGUAGAUGUUUUGCUAUGAAAUAUUUAACAGCAAAGCAGUGUGAAUCAGAAGAUGUAGCAGCUUGUCUACUUCAAAGAAGUUUGGAAGAUUAUCAGAACUUAAUGGAAAAUAGAGAUGGGAUAAAUAAUUAUUGGAAACAAUGUAAGUUACAAACACCAAAGAUCAAUAGUAAUCCACAGAAAUGGAAGUCAGGUUUAUGCGACAUAAAUAUGGCACUAAAUUUUGUGAAAUCUUUACCUUGUCAAGAUAAUAAUACCAUGCCAUGUCAUAAAAGAUUAUUUAAUGACAGACACGUGGAGAAUAUCAUUAACAUAUGGAAAAAUAAAGAAACUGAACCAAGAAAUAGAAAGAUAAGUACUCAAGCAAAACCAAAUCUUAGUCAGAGCUCAAAUGCAAGUAGUAAAAAAGAAGUUGAAAAUAACAUGCAAUGUGAAAUUGAUAAAUCUUUAUUUUCAUCCAAUAGCACUACAGAUGAAAGUAUUAACACACAAAUGAGUUAUAAUAAACAAUCUAAAACUUAUUCUGUUAAUCAAGAAAAUCAAAUUUAUGCUCGACAAAGGCUUGUCAAGUUUGAAUCUAGAUCAAACUUUAAAUUUACAAAAGAAGAUACAUUUAAAGCAUCUAAAAAUAAUCAAGACCAAUCAAAUUACCACAGAAAUAAUAUGACAUUAAAAACACAAGUUUCUGUUCAACAUAAUGAAGAAGAUUCUAACACUGUUAAAUCUAAAAUGAGCUUUUUCAAAACUGCUAGGGAUGAAUUAAAUGUGCAACAAAUGAAAGCUAAUAAACCAAUGCAAAAAAAGACUCUAGGAGGGAAGGGAUCUGUUAAUUCUAAAUUUGUUUGUCCAUUUAAAAGGGAAAAAGAGAAAACUCAGGAAAACAUGUACAAUAAUGAAAGUGACACAAUGGAAGAUGAGAGAUUAAAAAAUGUAGAAUCAAAAAUGGUUGAACUAAUCAAGAAUGAAAUAAUGGAUUCAAAAACAACUAUUUGUUGGGAUGAUAUAGCUGGGUUAGAAUAUGCAAAAAAGAUUAUAAAGGAAGUAGUUGUGUAUCCUAUGUUGAGACCUGAUAUUUUCACUGGUUUACGUCGACCACCUAAAGGAAUUUUAUUAUUUGGUCCACCAGGUACAGGGAAAACACUUAUAGGAAAAUGUAUAGCAUCACAAAGCAAAUCAACGUUUUUUUCAAUAUCUGCAAGCUCUUUAACUUCAAAGUGGAUAGGUGAGGGAGAAAAAAUGGUCAGAGCGUUAUUCGCUGUUGCUAAGGUUUAUCAGCCAUCAGUGAUUUUUGUUGAUGAAAUAGAUUCGCUGCUCACUCAAAGAUCUGAAACUGAGCACGAAAGUUCUAGGAGAUUAAAAACUGAAUUUCUGGUGCAAUUAGAUGGAGCUACAACUGCAGAUGAAGAUCGCGUUUUAAUUGUAGGAGCAACAAAUAGACCACAUGAACUAGACGAGGCAGCACGUAGACGGCUGGUUAAAAGAUUGUAUGUUCCUCUACCUGAAUUCCAAGCUCGUAAACAGAUCAUAAAUAAUCUAUUAAUAACUGUUCCACAUACUCUUACUGAAGAAGAUAUAAAUAAUGUAGCUGAACAGUCAAAAGGAUAUUCCGGAGCUGAUAUGUCGAAUUUAUGUAAAGAAGCUAGCAUGGGACCAAUUAGAAGUAUUCCAUUUAGUCAAUUAGAGAAUAUUAGGAAAGAAGAUGUCAGACAAGUAACAGUCGAUGAUUUCAAGGAAGCACUGGUACAUGUGCGUCCUAGUGUAUCAGAAUCAAGUCUAACAACUUACGUUGAAUGGGAUGCUACAUAUGGAACUGGAACAGCACAGAAUUAUAAAGCAUAACACAUACUUUUACCAUUUUUAUACUAGUAUUACAGUAUAUUUUU